AUGUUGCAGAGAGCAGCAAGAAAUGCAUAUUCAUGGUGGGCUGCUAGCCAUAUUAGGACAAAACAGUCAAAAUGGCUGCAGCAGAAUUUACAAGAUAUUGAGGAGAAGGUUGUUUACAUAAUGAAGAUACUGGAAGAUGAUGGGGACUCCUUUGCAAGAAGGGCAGAAAUGUACUACAGAGGAAGGCCUGAGCUUUUGAACUUUGUGGAAGAUUUCUUCAAGAGUUACAAAGCUCUAGCAGAGAGAUAUGAUUACAUCUCAAAAGAGCUUCAGAGUGCUAAUAAAACCAUUGCAACAAUUUACCCAGAGAGAGUUCAUGUAGACAUGGAUGAGUAUGAAGACGGCGAAAGUUACCUUGCAGCAGCAGCAGCAGCAGGAGGCAAUGGAAGCCCGGAGAAAGGGAAUAGCGCCCCGAAAGAUUUGCCACCUCCCCCGAAGAUGACCAUUCCUGAUGUCGUUUCAAUGGUUACCAAGAAGGCGAAGGCGAAGGCGAAGACGACAUCAAGGUUAAUGUCUAAGAAGGGGCUUCUGAAGUUCAAUGGCGCGGGUGAUCAAGCUGGCGCCAGUCCAGCAGCAUCGGGGCUGAGCAAAGACGAGGCGCUUCAGGAGAUUGAUGCGCUUCAGAAGCAGAUUCUGGGACUGCAAACCGAGAGGGAGUUUGUGAAAAGUUCAUACGAAAAUGGGCUUGCAAAGUACUGGGAUAUCGAGAACCAUGUCACAGAUUUGCAGGCAAGAGUUAGCAGCUUACAGGAUGAGUUCGGGAUAGGCACUUUCAUUGAGGACGACGAGGCGCAAACUCUGAUGGCAUCCACCGCGCUCAAGUCUUGCCAAGACACACUGACGCAAUUGCAAGAACAACAGACGCAGACAGAUAAAGACGCCAAGAUUGAGCAUCGCAAGCUGCAAAAUGCACAGCUCAAAUUUCAGUCUCUCGUCGAACAAUUCGAGGUAUCUCAGCUCGAUAGGCAACAGUCACCGCCUGCUGCAGCCAAGGAGAAAUCGCCCGCUGAAAAUUUUGAGGAAUGUCAACAGAUACAGCCUGCUGCAGCCAGGGAGAAAUCGCCCGAGAAGCCAAAUCAGGAGCCGAGCAAAUCAGAGAAUCAGCAAAUGGGGAUUACUGCAGAAGGAAAGGGUGAUUUGGAGUCAUUAAGCGAAAAGAUUAAAGAAGAGAUGCAACUCAGUACAAGCACUCACCUUACUAUGUCUGGGCUUGAAGAAAAGGUUGAUGAACUUGUAGAUAAGAUCAUAAAUUUGGAAGGUUUAGUGGUGUCUCAGAAUGCUCAAGUUAACAAAUUGAAAGCCGAGGCCAAUGAACUUCAUGCUCAUCUUCAAAGUGCAGAAGACGAGAAGGAGACUUUGCUCAAAGAUUCAGAGAAGAUGAGCAAGAAGAUCAGAGAACUCGAAGAACAGCUUCAGAGAGUUCAGAAUCUCAAUCAAACCGUCAACAACCAGAGCAACUACAUCUAUAAGCGCAUUACUGAAGCGAGUUGUAGAGUUGAUCACCUCUCCGGGAAACUACAAAGCGUGUUGCCAGAUGAAGGGGUCAAUGAUACUUCUUCUGGCAAAGCUGCAAACGCUUCAGGCGAUAAAACAGAUUCCAGAACACAGGAGCAGCCAAAUGAAAGUGUGAAUCCAAAGGGGUUUCAAACGCGUGAAUCCAAAGCCACUGCUCAUAGCGCUUCGGCCCUCUCAGGGGAUGAACCAGUUGAAGAGAAACAAACAAAAGAUGGAAUACCUCAAGAUUUAAGUACACGUGGGGAGCAAGAUGAAUCUGGCACAGACGAUGCUGAGCCAAACUGGAGAGCGCUAUUUCUAAAUGGUUUGGAUGACAGAGACAAGCUUCUGCUAGAGGAGUACAUCUCGGUCCUAAGAAAUUACAAGGAAUCAAAGAGGAAGCUUAAUGAAGCAGAGAAAAAAAGGAGGGCUAACCACUUCCAAUAUGUAGUUCAGAUAAAAGUACUGAAAAAUUCUAUAGCCUUAAAGGAUGCAGAGAUCCAAUCUUUGCGGAAAAAACUAAAGCCGCUUCAUGGGGAUCAUGUGGAAACUAUGAAGUCGAACGAAAGCACAACUAAAGCUAGCGUUGAAGGUACAGAUGAAAACACAAGUAAAACUGACCUUGAGGAUAAGGAUGAAAAGAAAAAGUCUCAGCAUGCGCAUAGAAGGACUCUCUCUGAAUUCUUAGAUGUUCCAAUCCCUGAAGAUGCUCCUGCAAAAGAAGAAGCAACAUAUCGAGAAAGUUUGAAGCUGUCCAGCAUUGAAGAGUGUGAAGAUCUUAAGGGAAACAGCGUUGAUGAAAAUCAUGCUUUUUCAGCCAUUGAAGAAAAGAUAUGCACAGACAUUGAUGAAUUGGUGGAAGAGAACAUGGAUUUCUGGCUCCGGUUUAGCACCGCCUUCCAUCAGAUAGGGAAGUUUCAAAGUACAGUCAGAGACUUACAAGACGAACUGGAGAAAAAAAAACCAAGCAAACAGCAACUGGACAAUAAACCACUGGAACAACUCUCAGAGAUCCGCCCUAUAUACAAUCACUUGAAAGAGAUACAGACCGAGUUAACAUUAUGGUUGGAACAUAGUGUAGUGCUGAAAGAUGACUUACAUAACAGGUUGUCGUCUCUUUGCAACCUCCAAGAAGAGAUAACAAGGUAUUCUCAGGAAGUCCAUAAAGAAGAAGAGAAAGAGCUGAUUGCCUGUCAAGCUGCAAAACUACAAGGUGAGAUUCUUAACAUGAAACGUGAGAACAAGAAGGUAGAAAAUGAAUUACAAGCUGGAGCUAGGCGUGUAGAGAAGCUGCAUGAAGAGAUUAAGACGACUAUCCAAGAACUGGAUGAAUUUGGGGUAAAAAGAGAGAGCGCAAACCCUCAUAGGAUUCCCUUGAGAUCUUUCUUGUUUGGAGUGAAGUUGAAGAAGCAGAAGCAGAGAUCAUCACUCUUUGCAUGUUCCAAAUCAGGAUUAGGUGAGUCUCUCAUCAGCAACAUCAACAAUCAUACUUCUCAGAUCCUCCAGGUCACCAUUUCUGAUUUGCUUUUCGCGCAGCUCCUUGAGCUCCGGUUGUUCAUACUGUCACACCAUUUUCAUUUCAUUUAUGCAAUCAGCUCCAGCGUCGUUGCCAUUAUUGAGGGGAAUGGCAAUUGUAGCUUUCUGCACCCUAGAUGA